AUGACAGAAAUUAUCGACAAACUUUUCCUCGGUGGUGUUGAAGCAGCGUUGGACAUCGAGAGUUUGGAAAAGUUUGGAAUAACUCAUAUAAUAACCAUUGACAUUCGACCACUUUGUCAAGAAACUACAGACAAAUUUACAACGAAAUAUAUCCACGCCAUGGAUUUAGAAGAUACUGAUUUGUUGACUUACAUUGAUGAAUGCAAUUCAUUUAUUGAUGAUGGCCUUGUAAAGGGUGGUGUUUUAGUCCACUGUUUUGUGGGUUCAUCACGCAGUGCUACGAUAGUCAUUGCUUAUUUAAUGAAUAAGUUAAACCUAACUUUUCAAGAAGCUUUGGACAAAGUGAAAACCCUACGGCCUCUUGUCAAACCAAACCAAGGCUUUCUGCAUCAGUUGCAUCUCUAUGAAUCUAUGGGAAACAAAAUUGAUGUAAAAUCGAAUUGCUUCCGACAGUAUCGUUUAAAUAAGCUAUCGCUAUCUGUUCAGGCUGGCCAACAGAUCUCUGACCACAAACUUUAUUCUCAGCUUGACGAAUCAAACAGCUUGAACUCGUACAAGUGUAGAAAAUGUCGACAAGCGCUGUUUAAGAGUUCAGCACUUCUACCUCACAUGGAAGGAAAGGGCAAGGCUGCGUUUGAUUGGCGAAGCAGAAUCGAAGAUGAUGAAAAUGACAUUGAUUUUCAAAACAAGGAUAAAACUUUGUGUGACCGUUCUCUAUUUAUCGAACCACUAAAAUGGAUGUCAAGUUAUGUCCAUAACAUGGAAGGGAAAAUUUUGUGUCCAAAAUGUUCCGCUAAAAUUGGAUCCUUUAUAUGGUAUGGAGAGCGCUGUCCUUGUGGAACUUGGGUUGCUCCAGCUUUUCAUAUCCAAUCGUCUAAAGUUGAUUUGUGUAAACCUAUAAAUAUUGUUAGAAACAGGUCUCCUCUACAGAAGACUGAAACUUUAAAAACAGAUUUGGGAAAAGUUGUUGUAAUGGAAUAG